CUUCAUCCGGGACUUUUCCGCCAGAACACUCUCCAACAUGGCGGCGUCAGCUAAGAAGAAUAAGAAGAAGGGGAAGACCCUGACUCUCAAUGAUUUUCUUGCUGAUGAAACUGGUGGCAAUGCACCUCCCAGUUUCCCCACCACAAAGGCCACCAGCUGGGCCGACGAGACUGAUGACUUGGAAGGAGAUGUUUCAACUUCCUGGCAUACUGUGGAGGACACGUAUCGAGCUCCUCCCAUUGAUCGUUCCAUCCUGCCAACUGCGCCCCGUGCAGCACGAGAGCCAAACGUCGACCGCUCUCGACUGCCCCGCAGCCCGCCUUACACCGCCUUCCUCGGUAACCUGCCCUACGACGUGAGUGAGGAAUCCAUCCGGGACUUCUUCAGAGGCCUUGCGAUCAGUGCAGUACGCUUGCCACGGGAGCCAAAUAACCCAGAGAGACUUAAGGGUUUUGGUUAUGCUGAAUUUGAUGAUAUUGAAUCACUUUUGCGUGCUCUCAGUCUAAAUGAAGAGAAUCUUGGCAACAGACGUAUCCGAGUGGAUAUCGCAGAUCAGUCCAAUGACAAAGAGCGGGACAGUGGAAUGAUGUCAGGCCGAGACAGGGAUAGAGAUCGUGGCCGUGGGAUGGACAGUGGUCCUGAUAAGACUGAUUCUGAUUGGAGGGCACGGCCAAGCUCAGACCAAGAUGAUGGCCCACGCAAAGAUGAUGGAUAUGGGGACAAGUCGCGUGACCGCUACGAGUCAGACAGGUUCAGAGAUGGUCCACGGCGUGAUGAUCGCUUCAGUGGUAGAGAUCGCUACGAUGACAGGGAUCGAAAAGAUCGUUAUGAUGACAGAGACCGAAGGGAUCGCUUCGAUGACAGAGGCAGCAGAGACUAUGAUCGUGGAGGUUUUGAUUCACGUGGUGGAGGACGUCGGGGAUUCAGCAGUGGCUUCAGACGGGACUAUGAGGACCGGCGAGAUGGAGAUCGCUUUGGAGAUAGGGAGGACAGGAGGGAUGAAGGCAGAGAAGAGAGGGGUCCUCCACAGAGGCCCAAGUUAAAUCUGAAGCCACGGAGCAUCCCGAAAGAAGAGGAGCAGAGUGGAAGCGUGUCCCCCCAGAGCAACCCGACAAAUACCAGCAGGGCCUCCUCUAUAUUUGGAGCAGCCAAGCCUGUGGACACAGCUGCUAAAGAAAGAGAGGUGGAGGAGAGGCUGAAGAAAGAACAAGAACGCCUCCAGAGACAACUGGAGGAGGACAAGAACAGGCCCUCAGAGAGACGGCCACGAGACAGAGACCCGAGUUGGAGAAGUGAAGAGCCACCUAAAGAGCGCCAACACACAGGAAGUGAAUCUUCACAUCCUAAAGGAUCUAGGUGUCGAGAUGAUGAACAUUCAGAGAAUGAAGUCUUCAGUGGCCAGGAGAGCGAGCCGAUCUCUCCCACAUCUCCAUCCCCUACUUCCAAUCAGGGAAGUCUCCCACUGAAGGUAAUGCCAGCUCCUCCGCCUAAAGAAAACGCCUGGGCCAAACGCAGCUUGGGGGGUGGAGCUAAUGAGAAGGAAGCACCACCCUCGGCAAAUGCACCUAUCAACAAAAGUGCUCCUAGACCCAACAGGUCAGCGGAUGAGAGAGAAUCAGGCAAGGAUGAAAACCGGGUUGAUGGUGUUAGAAAGGAUAAAGUUUUGCCUGCAGGAAGAGGAGGGGGUGGAGGAGUUGGGAGAGGAGGAGGAAGCGUAGAAGGAGUAGGCAAAGGACGAGGAGUUGACUGUCCAAAUAAAGAGAAACGGAGAGAGCCUUCAGACAGGAAGGAGGUCAAGCGGGACAAAGAUCCCAGAAUAGCCUCUGAACCAAAGAAGUAUGAAGAGAGUGCUCCUCCUAAGUUCAGCUCUGCAAGCAAGUACGCUGCCCUGCUAAUGGACGGAGACCAGGGAGAAGAAGGUGAUGGAGAGGAAUGAACAAUUAGGAAGGAUCAACUACUACAGAAACACACAACAGGAGAAAAUGAGCAUGAUCAAAUUAGAGUUCCCUCAUGCUGAAAGAAUGGCCACAAUGCUGUUUCUGUCACAUUUAUGGAAAUUUAUAAAGGUAUUCCUGAAACUGGCCCAUUUUAAUAAAAAAAAUAAAUAAAAUAAAAACAAAUCAGUGCAGUGAGUAGAUGAAUGCAUUCACACGUGUAGACAUUUAAAAAUCAUUGUUAAUUUGAAAGUCAUUGUUAUAAAUAAAAAAGUAUGUAAGAUACUGUAA